AUGUAUUUCCCGGGGGAACGGGCUCAGAAAGGUGAAGGGAAAAAGAGCAAGAGAACAGAGGAGGAGGAAGAGGAAGAAGAGAACCGCCGCCGCAGUAAGAGCAAGAGCACAGGCCGCCGGAGCAAGAGCAACCAAGUUGAAGAGGAAGAGGAAGAGGAGGACCGCCGUCGCAGUAAGAGCAAGCAGAGAAUCCGCUCCUGCCCCCCAGCAUUUCCACCAAGCAACGGCAUAAUCGCUCUUGUUGCUUGGAGAUUUGGGAUCGCUUUGGAUGAGUUGAGAUUUUUAUUGGCAGCGACUCUGGAGCUAAAUUAUAUCGAGCUAGCGCAAAAUAAUCGCGGUUCGACCAUGGACGGUACUUCUAUCGGUUCAGCCCAGAAAAAGAAGCACAACAUGCUCGGACGCUUGAAGACUGCAUCGAGAGGGCGAAGCAGAGACAAAGAUGCACAUCUUGCUGCACCAGAGCCAAGUACUUCAAAUGACCCCACUAAUCUAGACACAAAGAGCGGCUCAGUCGAUCCCACGACGGACAAUUCUGAGAAUGACGACCGUGAUGCAAAGGAUCAUUGGCAGAUGGCGUACAACGCCUUAAGCGAGAGCGACCGGAACACUUUGGCAACACUUCUCCCAGCGAUGGCAACCGAGCAUCCGGACGCUGGCCGUUUACGGACCAAGGACAUAGUGGACCAAGUAGUCAAGACAACAAAGAUGCAGUACCAGGAGUACCAGAAAAGGGAAGUCGGCAUUCGAGCAACAGCCCACAAGAUACUGAAUUCCGCGCUAUCCUAUCAAGAUGUUGUCAAUAAUAUUGUGAAAUUUGAUCCAACUGGCAACCAUGCAGACCUUUGGGAUGCUCUUUUCAACUCUUCUGAGUACCUGGCAGACCUGCUGACCCGUUGUGCUCUCAUCGAAGAACGGUUUUAUGGUGGCAGUGUGUCAGUCAUAACAAACACCGAAAAAGAAGGAUCGAUCGUCCGAGUGUAUGUGGCAAUACUGCGAUACUCCGCCGAAGUAUGCAAGGUCCAACAGUCGAACAAGGGAAAAGACAUCAUGGAAAGCAUAACAGCUGUAACAAGCAAGCAACUCGCGCAGCUCAAGACCUCAAUCAAGGAAGAGGAGUCUUGCCUGCAUCUUUGGCUGCUGCUGGACCAGCACCUGCAUCGAAAAGCCAAAGCAGAGGCCAUCCUGAGUGACAUCGACAGAUUAAUGAUGGAUGUCAAAAAAGUGCAUGAAGCGGUUGCCAUGUUAAAUCUGCCUUUCGCUGAAGGCGUAAUUUUCGGCUCCUUUAUGGAUCAAUAUGAGGACGAAUGCCUUCCUGGAAUGCGAACAGAACUGCUCGAACAGGUGAAGGAUUGGGGGAGGUCGAGUGACAGAUGCAUAUUCUGGCUGAGCGGAAUGGCAGGUACCGGCAAGUCCACUAUUGCAAGGACAGUAGCACGAUCGCUUAAGGAGGAUGGCACUCUUGGCGCGAGUUUCUUUUUCAAAAGAGGCAGGGGAGAUCGGCGCUCGGCUGCAAAGUUUUCCCCAACAAUUGUGAAGCAAUUAGCCGUCCACAUUCCUCAAAUGAUCACUGGGAUUCGAAGAGCUAUAAAGGAUGAUCCUGCUAUUGCCAAUAAAACGCUUCCGGAACAGUUUGACAAACUUAUAUUGCAGCCACUACUCGCCGUCGAUCAGGGUCAAGCUGUGUCUUCCACUCUGGUUGUCAUUGAUGCUCUCGACGAGUGUGAACCAAAGGAAGACGCGAACAUGAUCCUUACUCUGUUAGCCAAGGUUGUGACAGCAACAAGUAUGCCAAUCCAAUUGUUCUUAACAAGCCAGCCAGAGCAGCCUAUUCACUUCAAAUUUGAACAAAUCGGCGAGAGGCAUUAUCAACACACUCCCUUGCAUAAAGUGGAUGAUGGUUUGACCAAGCAUGAUAUCACUCUGUAUCUCACGGAAAAAUUCACUGAAAUACAACAAAAUCCCGAGCAUAAUCUUCCUCCAGCCUGGCCUGGCGAGGAACAAAUUGAAACUUUGGCAACAAGGGCUGCUCCGCUCUUCAUCUUUGCAGCCACAGAGUUUCUCACUACCUCAUCGGGAUACAAGCUGGAUGACACAUACCGGCCAGUUUUGAAACAGCUCCUGGUCAAAGAUAAAAGUGAUAGGGACAAGCUGAUUGCAGAGUUCCAGAAAAUCAUCGGUGUGAUCAUUCUUCUCGCUAGUCCGCUUUCGCUGAGUUCUCUUGCAGAACUGCUUGAGCUGCAGGAACGCAAAAUCAGCAUCCGGCUACGCUCCUUUCAUUCAGUUUUGACCAUACCUAGCGAUCCCAAUCUACCCAUACAGACCGUCCAUUCGUCCUUUCACGAUUAUCUGCUGGAUGACGCGACGAAAAAAGAUAUGAAAAUAUCCCACUUCUGGGUCGAUAAAGGGGAGAAGCAUGAGCUCAUAACUAGACAAUGUCUUAGUGUCAUGGGCUGUUAUCUCAAAAAGAAUAUUUGCGAGUUAGAAAGUUAUGGGAAAAGCCGAGCUGAGAUAGACCCUACCACUAUGGCAAGAUUCCUGCCGCCUGUCCUUCAGUACGCCUGUCGUUAUUGGGUUUACCAUCUCACCCAAAGCUCGGCACCAGCAAGGAAGCUCAACCAAGUGCUCCUUUUCCUGAAAGAGCACUAUCUUCAUUGGCUGGAGUCGAUGAGUAUUUUAGGGCUGAUAUCCGAAACCAUAAAUGCUGUGGAUGCUUUGCUUCAAUUGACCAAGGACAUAUCCAAUAAUGCGGUAUAUUUUUUUCUCUCAGAUGCUCGCAGAUUUAUCUUCAAAUUUGCAAACAUCGUUGACACGGCACCGCUGCAGCUGUACAGCUCUGGCCUGGUUUUUGCGCCGCAAAAAGCACUGAUCAGGAGGAAUUUUGAGGCAGAGCUCCCUGAUUGGUUAUCUAGAGGCCCAAGAGUGGAAGAAAUCUGGAGUCCAGAAUUGCAAACCUUGGAGGGCCAUUCUAGUUGGAUUCACUUCAAACAAACCUCGGAUCUUAUGAUAUCCAAGUCUGGCAUCAAGGCUUCUCAUCAAAUUCUUCCGAAAGAUCUGAAAUAA